AUGUUCUUCAACGUUUCUGACGACGGUAUUAAAAGGAUCCAAGAUGACUGCCCCAAAGCUGGAAGACACAAUUACAUCUUUAUCAUGAUCCCUACCUUGUACAGCAUCAUCUUUGUGGUGGGCAUAUUCGGGAACAGUUUGGUGGUGAUUGUCAUUUACUUUUAUAUGAAACUGAAGACUGUGGCCAGUGUGUUCCUUUUGAACCUGGCCCUGGCUGACAUAUGCUUUUUACUCACUUUGCCUCUGUGGGCUGUCUACACCGCUAUGGAAUACCGCUGGCCCUUUGGCACCUACCUGUGUAAAAUUGCUUCAGCGAGUGUCAGUUUCAACCUGUACGCCAGUGUGUUCCUACUCACCUGUCUGAGCAUUGACCGCUACCUGGCCAUUGUUCACCCAAUGAAGUCCCGCCUCCGGCGCACAAUGCUGGUCGCCAAAAUCACCUGCAUCAUUAUUUGGUUCCUGGCUGCUUUGGCCAGUUUGCCAUCAAUCAUCCAUCGCAAUGUGUUUUUCAUCGAGAACACGAAUAUCACCGUUUGUGGCUUCCAUUAUGAAUCCCAAAACUCGACCCUUCCCAUCGGGCUGGGCCUCACCAAGAACAUCCUGGGCUUCUUACUCCCCUUCUUGAUCAUUCUAACCAGUUACACUCUGAUUUGGAAAACCCUCAAGAAGGCAUAUGAAAUUCAGAAAAACAAGCCAAGAAACGAUGAUAUUUUUAAAAUCAUUAUGGCGAUUGUGCUUUUCUUUUUCUUUUCCUGGGUUCCGCACCAAAUCUUUACCUUCCUGGAUGUCUUGAUUCAGCUGGGCAUCAUUCAUGACUGCCACAUUGCAGAUAUCGUGGACACCGCCAUGCCCAUCACCAUCUGCAUAGCUUACUUUAACAAUUGCCUCAAUCCCUUUUUUUACGGCUUUCUGGGGAAAAAAUUUAAAAAAUAUAUUCUCCAGCUUUUGAAAUACAUUCCUCCAAAGAAAAAAUCCCACCCCAGCCUAUCCACAAAAAUGAGCACGCUUUCCUACCGCCCCUCGGAUAACGCGAGCUCCUCCACCAAGAAGUCGGCCCCGUGUUUUGAGAUCGAGUGA